AUGCUAAACGUGGAAGCAACGUGUCAACAACCGGAUGAUGCACACACCUUCGGUUACCAAGGAUUACACGACGGCAAUACUUCUGGGGAAUUUCAGAUUAGCCAAUCUUUCCAGACUAAGGAGGAAGUUGUGAUGAGUGUUAAGGAUUAUAGCAUUCGUCGUGGAGUUCAAUAUCGGGUUAUGGAAUCUGAUCAUCUGAAGUAUGUUGGGAGAUGCAAGGAGUUUGAAAACGGCUACACCUGGAUGAUUCGCAUGGCAUUUCGGCAUCGCAAGAGUAACUGGGAGGUUAGAAGGUAUAACGGAGCCCACACUUUUCUGGCCACUUCAAUUUCGAGCGACCACCGACAGCUUAAUUACCACGUAAUUUGUGCGAGGAUCUAUCAGUUUGUUAGGGCGAAUGCAGCGGUUUCCAUAAAGGUGUUACAAGAAGCUACUGAGUCAACCUACGGAUUCAGGCAUAGUUACAGGAAGGUGUGGAAGGCAAAGGAGAAGGCAGUCGCCCAGAUUUACAGAGAUUGGGAAGAGUCGUAUGCGGAGUUGCCCCGGUGGAUCCUUGGGAUGCAAGCAACGAUGGACGAAAUCGUAACUUUGUUGAAGACUUCUCCGGUGCGUGUAGGUGGUGAGGUUGAUGAGUCUACAGAGACUUUGCUUCUGGCUAUUGCGCAAGAUGGAAACUCGAAUAUGUUGCCAAUUGCGUUUGCACUUGUUGAGGGGGAGAAUGCUGAGCGUGGACUUUUUUUCUUAUCUCACUUGCGUCAACAUGUGACCCCACAGGAAGGGAUUCUGGUGAUCUCUGACAGACACAAUGGCAUUAAGGCUGCACUGGAGGCACCAGACAAUAGUUGA